CAGCGAAAAUCUCUGGCGGUGUGACGUCACGAUUUUCGUACUGAAGCUGCGCAUGCACUGUAAAAGGAGAAAACAGGGGAAUGAACUCACCGGAACUCCGUUAUUUCACUGCAAAAAGCAAUGAGAGAUUUUCGGGGCAAAACUCGAAAUUCGACACAUUAGAUGUGAUUUUAGAUUAAAUAAAUAAAUAAAAAAUCGAUAAUAAAAUGCCAACUUCAAGUGAGUGUUGACUGAAAGCUUUGUAUGUCAGCAAUAUGGACAAAGUUCUUCCACUAUUUCUGCUUCUACUUCCAAUGGCUGCUCCAAAAGGCUCUCACUCUUUAUGAUUCCUUGGAACGUACAUUAAAGGACAAACGCCAUUUCCUGAAUUUAGCUAUGUAGCGAUGUUGGAUGAUGUCAGAGUUCUGUAUUAUAACGGUGAGACGAAAACUCUCCAUUCAAGAGGAAAUACAACAGCUGAAGACGAUGUGUUUGAUUCAGUGUUCCUUGCAAUAAGCGACGACAUACAUGCAGAUUUAAUAGACAGAUGGGUAGUAGCAACAACAAACUUAAAUGAAACUGAUCGUGUUCUUGCCCUUCAGAGGCUGGUUGUGUGUGAGCUGAGGGAUGAUGGUGAACCGGGACAAAUGAUCACACGGGAUGCUGUCAGAGGAUCCACCACUGAUGAGCUGCUAUAUGUUGACAAGAAUUUUACAUAUCAGGGUACUUUAAAUGUCUCGGCCCAAGUGCUAAAUAUUCAUCUCGAAUUCAGCAUGAGGCGUCAUGAAGUUUUAUACCAACCAUUUUGCAUCAAAACACUCAAGGGUUACCUUAAAAAUAGGAGGACUCAAAUCAAUAGAAAAGUGAAACCAAAAAUCAGGCUCCUCCAGAAAGAACUAUCUUCUGGGUUUUGUGUGAGUUGUUUGGCAACAGGAUUUUACCCUCGUCACAUCAACCUGACCCUGUUCAGAGACAAGCAGCCUGUAGCUGAUCAUGAGAUCACUGGAGGAGAUCUGCUGCCCAAUGGUGACGGGACGUACCAGAUGAGGAAGAGUCUGGAGAUCAGUGCUGCAGACAAACACAAAUACACCUGCUCUGUCACACACCUCAGUCUGGACAACAAACUGGAUAUUAAUUUGGAAUUUGAUCCAGGAGAACCGUUUAAAUCAGUGAUUCCCUCAGUGCUGAUAGUUUUGGCUCUGGUGUUGGUGUUUGGAACUGCAGCUGUCAUACAUAAAUGCAGAAGGAGACGAGCAGAUUCAUCUUCAAAUGCUUAUGCUGCUGCUUCUAAUGGUGAACACACAUCCUACUGCCAUCUCAACACAGAUGUGUCACUUCUGCAGCUGCGCUGUGCUUCACAAUCUUGCUCUUCUCAAUGGGGACAUCAUUGACCCAGAGGAUGAGGAAGACCAUGAUGAUGGCCCCCUGAACCACACAACCUUGAGGCAAGAGCAGGAGAACAUGUGCAGGACAAUCUGGCUGCCGCUGUGUCUGCUCCAAACAUUCGUGUGCCUGCUCUCCAUGAGCAUGACUACCUGUAAAACAUUUAAACAGAGUUAAACAUUUACAAUUCAUGUUGUCAGCUUUCCAUUUCUUGACAAAUGUCAUUUCAUGUUUACAAUUACAUGCAUUUUUUGCUGUUGUAGCUUUAUUACUUUUGUAGUGGGCUAAACCACUGAACUGGUGAGCAGAAGGUUGCUGGUUCGUCACUGGUGUGUAUUAGAAACACUUCCGUAUUAGAAGUAACAAAAUGAUCUUACUUCAUCCUUUUGUUUGAGGUUUUCCCUUUUUUUCACAAAUGUCGCUGUCCUCGCCUUGCAGGUCCUGCUCCACCACAGAAGAUCUGCAGCAAAUGCACAGGAAAAGUGCUGUAAUAAUUGAACUUGAGGCAGCCAGGUAUCCCAGAAUGCAUUUCGCACCAAUCAGCGAGCAUUAAUGGCGGAGGGGAAAAUUGCAACAUUUUCAAAAUAUUACUGUUAUUGUGUCAUGAAAUGCCGUUCUAAGAGUAUUUCACGCGAGAAUAUAGUUGUUUAAAACUCAAAUCUGCGGUUUAUUUAUAAAGAUUGCGCCUAUUUGAAAAUUUGUUUCGCCGAUUUUGGAGACGUGAGCUCCAUGCGAUCACCGGGCGCUCAGUGCUCAUGUAUCCGCCGAGAGCAGCCUCACAGUGGCUAGUCCUUCUGACAUCUGCCGCUGGCUCUGAUGUCUCUGUAGUAGUUAAACAUGAGGUAAAAUUCAUUUUGGGUAUAUCUAACAGACAAUCUUUGGUCUCAAGAAUCUAUUAUUUCUUCCAGGUCAUAUCGUUUUGGCUGAGCACAAAGUUAUGUUUCAUAAAUUAUUUAUUUAUUAAUCGUGAUACAGAGCUUACUUUGUUAAAGUGAAUUGUUUGCUUUUGUCUUUAUUUUCUAUUACAUAAGUAUCUUAUACUUUAUACUUUUAUGAUGGCUAUUAUUGUUAAUUAAA